AUGUCAACCCGAAUCAAUGAAGAGCAGGAGAAAAUUAAGAAAUUUACGGAACGCCAAGCGAGUAUUUCAAAGCAAAACAAUGAAAUUAGAGAAAUAAACGAUCAACUUAGAGCUGAUAUUGAACGCUUGGAGGAGACUAUAUAUCGGGAAAGUCAGCAAACAGAUCAACUUACGGUAGCAAAUGAAUUAGUACAACAGCGCAUACAAACUCUUACCAAGGCAUUGGAGGAAAUUGAACGAGUUAAUGAAAAAUUGCGAAAUGAGAAGACAAGCCUUCUAGAAGAAUAUCGUAAUCGAUUGAAUAAUUUUGAAAACGGCCUUCAAAGAAAUGCAAUUCUCAGAGAUUUUAUAGAAAAAUGGCGAUGUCAAGUAAAAAGAAACAAAGAUUUGCUGGUGUUCCCUUCAGUAAUAAAAAACUUGGCCAAUUCCUUAGAGAGCUUCUAUGCCAGCAACAUAGCAGAUCAACUUGAAAGUUUGGUGCCGAAUCCCACAGCUCAAGGGGACACUGCUCUGGAUUCCUCAAUUCCAGUAAACAAGAAUACCACUGAACAAGAAUCAGUUACGAAAGGUACGUUUGAUUCGGUUGAUUACCAUGGUGUUACAAGUAAGUUACUUGGUUCACCUCAAUAUAGAAAUCUCUUCUUAAUACAAAGGACCAGAUAG